CAUUUCAAAAGGGGAAAUUUGCCUCUCAAGCUGCACUUGUUGUCCUUUAUGAAAGUAAAUGUCAGUAAGAAAAAAUUAUUUGAUUGCAACUGGCUAUUUUUAGGGUGUGUUUUCUUCCACAGCUCCUUUCUCCCAGCUGAAAACCUAUUGGGAUAUUUGGAGAUAAACUACUCCGAGCCCUGGAAGAUUCUGUGAGGGUAAAAAUCACACAUAAAAAUCAAGAUACCAAGAUGACAAACCCAGCAGAUUUUGCAUAGGGGUGAAGCAGUGGUGGCUGCUCCGGUGGAUUCCUUCCACGUGCAACAUAAAAAUAGUUGCAUCACUUCAUAAGGAUUUUGCACUGCUACUUUAACAACAGGAAACUGACUUUCUACAUCCAGAGUGUGAUAAGGGACAAUCCUGCCACGGAAUGACCAAGAACUUCUGCCUCAGAUCAUCAGAGACCCCUUGAAAAGCCAAACUCCAGCAGGGCACGUUAGAACACGAGGAAGAAAAUGGACUCGAACUCUUCUUUGGAUUGGCCUCAGGUGCUGAAUUACAACAGGACAUACAAGUACCUCUACUUGGAAGGAAAUGUCUCCUAUGUGGACUUCUACCUCCACCAGCCCUCGGUGGCUGCUGUCUUCAUCACCUCCUACCUCCUCAUCUUCCUCCUCUGCAUGGUGGGCAACGGGGGCGUUUGUUUCAUCAUCCUGUGGAGCAAGCACAUGCGCACGGUCACCAACCUGUUCAUCCUGAACCUGGCCGUCAGUGACUUGCUGGUGGGGGUCUUCUGCAUGCCCACCACCCUCCUGGACAACAUCAUUGCAGGAUGGCCCUUUGGGAGCCUGGUGUGCAAGAUGAGCGGCAUGGUCCAAGGAAUCUCUGUUUCUGCCUCUGUCUUCACUCUGGUUGCUAUUGCUGUGGACAGGUUCCGGAGCAUUGUGCAUCCCUUCAAGCAGAAGCUGACCGUUCCCACUGCCGUGGCCAUCAUCGCGGUCAUCUGGAUCCUGGCCGUGGCCAUCAUGUGUCCCUCGGCACUCCUGCUGCAGGUGCAGGAGGAGAAGCAUUUCCGGGUGCUCCUGGGCUCUGGCAACGCCACCCGCCCGGUGUUCUGGUGCCGGGAGGAGUGGCCUGACCCGGGAAUGAGGAAGAUCUACACGACGGUUCUCUUUGCCAACAUCUACCUGGCUCCCCUGUCGCUCAUCGUCGUCACGUACGCCAGGAUCAGCAUUUCCCUCUCCCACACGGCCACGCCUGGGGCAGGGCAGCGCAGCCAGGAGCAGCAGCGGCACCGCGCAUGGAAGAGGAAACAAAAAGUCAUCAAAAUGCUCACCGUUGUGACUUUGCUUUUCACCCUGUCCUGGCUUCCCCUGUGGACCCUGAUGCUGCUCUCGGACUACGCCAGCCUUUCUGACCUCCAGCUGCAGCUCAUCAACAUCUACAUUUAUCCCUUCGCUCACUGGCUCGCCUUCUUCAACAGCAGCAUCAACCCCAUCAUCUACGGCUUCUGCAACAAGAACUUCCGCCGGGGCUUCCAGGCCGUCUUCAAGCUCCAGCUCUGCUCCAGGGCGGCCUGUUCCCAGCCAGGCCCAAGCAAUGCCAUCCUGCCCGCUGCCCACUGCCAGACGCCCCAGCACGGAGCUCCUCAAACAGCUGCGGAGGAGAGGAAGCCAGUUAAGAAAGGAAAUUGGGUGAACAGCCAGCAGCACUUGAUCAUGGAGGAUCUCAAAGAGCCCUGCAACAACGGGAUCAAGUGAAACGCGCUGUGACUCCGUGACUCUCCCAGAGCAGCGGAGACAGGGUUGCUUGAACCAUAUUUGUGGUCACAUCUCAGCCUGUGAGUAAUCCCUUAUCCUGUGACUCUCAUGGACUGAAAUAUUGCAGACACGGUCUGGAACCCACCAGCCCCUGGAUUUUCUUGUGGCUGUGCUCCUUCCCGGACACUGUGAAUGCCAGCUGGGUCUUACUCAAAUGACAAAAGUCAACACUUUCCAUCCCAUUCCAUUUA